AUGGGAAAAGAGGGUGAGAAAGUCCCCAUGGACUGCAGUCGUGGCCACCCAUGUGGCAUUGUGGGUGCUGGUGAGGUUAAUUUCGUUGCAGCUAUUGAUGUGUACGAAGACGGGGAAGCCGGUCUGCUCCUGUGUUACAACUACAGUUGCAUCUAUAAGAAGGUUUGCCCGUUUAAUGGUGGCUCUUUUUUGGUUCAACCCUCUGCGUCAGAUUUCCAGUUCUGUUGGAACCAGGCUCCCUGUGCGAUUGUCUGUGCAUUCCCCUACCUGCUGGCCUUCACCACCGACUCCAUGGAGAUCCGCCUGGUGGUGAACGGGAACCUGGUCCACACGGCCGUCGUGCCUCAGCUGCAGCUCGUGGCCUCCAGAUCGGAUAUAUACUUCACAGCAACCGCAUCUGUGAAUGAGGUGUCAUCCGGAGGCAGCUCCAAGGGGGCCAGUGCCCACAAUUCUCCUCAGUCACCCCCGGGCAGAGAUACUCCAGUGUUUCCUUCUUCCCUGGGGGAAGGUGAGAUUCAGCCCAAAAAUCUGUACAAGAUUCCACUCAGAAACCUGGUGGGCCGAAGCAUCGAGCGGCCUCUGAAAUCGCCCUUAGUCUCCAAGGUCAUCACCCCGCCCACCUCCAUCGGCAUCGGCAUCGCGGCCAUUCCUGUCACUCACUCCUUGUCCCUGUCCCGCAUGGAGAUCAAAGAGAUAGCGAGCAGGACCCGCAGGGAGCUGCUGGGCCUCUCCGAUGACGGUGGACCCAGAGCAGAAGGAGCACCAAAGCCCAAGUCAAAAGCCCGGAAGCGGGUGGAAGAAAACCAAGGAGGCCCUAAACCAGGGACAGUGAGGUCAACUAGCAGCGAAAGGAUCACGUCGAGCUCCUUGGAAAGUCCUUCCACUUCCACUUCCGAAGCCAAUCCCGAGGGGCGUUACCAGUCGACAAGCUCCGACCCGGACCCUGUGGCUGAGCGAGAAGGCAGCCCCCGAGAAGGCAGUAGCCCCUUUCAGCUCACAGCUUCCUCGGACGAAGACAUUAUUGACUUGAAGUAAACAGAGUACCAGUCGAGUUUACCAUCUUUAAUUUUCUUGUGGAGGUUUACACUCUUUAACCAGUUCCGACAUCAGUUCUCAACAAAAUGUGGCUUUUAGCCUGUCCGUGGUCUACUGGACCAAACCUUCUGCACCCUCGGCCAGUUUGGGUCACUGUCCAAUGUCUGGUGCCAUCUUAACCUUUGUUUUUUUCUGUUCAGGAACCAUCAGUACCCUUGUAAUUAAAGGUGGUAGAUUUCAUUGAGGUUUUAGAUUGAAACUUUGAAUAAAUCAAAAAUGUUCAUUCUUAUUUACUGCAACCUUCUCUUAUAUUUUAUAUACUUAGAUGGAAAAGUUAUUUUUUCAUUACAGUUUUGUUUUGUCACAUACUGUGUUUCUUUUAUAAAGAAAAGCCAUUGCUUUGAAAAUUUAUUAUAAAUAAGUUUUCUUUCUGCACCUUUGGCCCCUGUUGCUGUUUCAGUUCACUGUGAUUGGAACCAGCUGCGUUUCUGCCUACAGACUUUUGAGAAAAGCUGAAUUUUUAGAUCUUCAAAACUCCUGCUUCUUUCUCUUUGUGUCUCACAAAAAAUA